AUGGCUUCAAACGGCGGGGCGGAUAGUACCGCCGACACCGAUACCUAUCGACCUUUGCAGACUUCUACUGUCUCUCUGGAUGUCAAUAAACUUCAAUCCCUCCCAAACGAGCAGAAGGAGCUGUACCUCCUAUCUUAUCUAGCCGACCUCAAGAGGCUUGUGCUCUCUUUCGAUAAGGAUGGAGCUACGUCACAUCAAUUCUUUGUUAAGAAGGAAAUAUUUAAAAUCUUAAAUUUGACCUCCCCGGCGCCGGCGAAGGUUACACGAGAUAUUACUGGGGUGUGUCUGGCUGAGACGUUUGGGCGAGGAGACCGCAAGCUGCUAUUUGAGAGCAUCAAUGAACUGAAUGCUAUGAUAUCUGGGGGUGGAAAGGGGGAUAAGGACAUCAAAGUUCGGCAUGCGGCAGUUCACUGUCUGGGCGAAGUCUUCAGAACUGCGGGUGAUAGUGCAUUGUCACUUUCGUCGCUGUCGUGUAGCUCCUUGUUAAAGCAGUACAAGCUCGCUCAAACCCAUGCGGGACUACGGGCAUCGUGCUUUGUGGCACUUUCGAAGGUUGUGAAAAUGCUCGGUUCUUCAAUGGACGAGACUGUAGCUCGAGAUAUUUGGAAGCAAGCUCGAAGCGCAAUAUCGUCGGAAAAAUCGCAUGUCGUACUUAUGGGCGCUUUGAAGUGCCUUGAAAACUGCUCAAGAGAAACGGGUUACUUUGACUCUUCGAGUGAUGUCGAACAUAUCAAGACAGCGGUAUUGAGAGUUGCGGAAGCAUCGAGUACGUCCACGCGCAAGGCAGCAGCUUCAUGCUUAGCUGCUGCUUUAGUUCGGGCGUUUGGUACUGUCGAUGAGGUCAUGGCUAUGAAGGCCCCUAAGAAGACUAACAAGAAGCUCAAGAGAACAUCGACAAUGCCACAAGAUGAGGAUGAAAUCGAACGCCCAGAGACACCUAGUCAGGGACCAUCCAAGAAAUCCAACAGACUAAAGCUUACCUUGGAGGAUAUGCUUCGUCAAUUAUCUAUAAUAUACGUCAAACAUUCCACGAACUCAAAGGUCCGGACCACUUUGGCUCUUACUUACGAGGAUAUAUUCCUCAGGCUUGGAUCCCCAAUUGUCGAAGCCAACUAUGGUCGUAUCGCCAACCACUUCUUCACGGAGAUAUUAUCGCAUUCUGGGCUGGUGCUCAACAGAUUCAGAUUAUUGGCUGCCAAGCGUCAUGUUAGAUUUCUGCUAGAACGGGUCGUCGGCGAGCAAUUGCUAGGUGAAAGCGGUCAGCUCGCGGCUACACGAUAUCUCUGCAACGAUGUGCUCAAGAACUACCCCCAAGUUAUCAAAGAAAGACCGGAGCCGACGAAGUAUGCCUUAGGAGCAGCUCUCACAGCCCUUACAUCAUUAAUACGGACCCUCGAAUCAACAGUUUCUAGCCUUCAAGAUAUAAUACGAGAAGGCCUUCUACAAGCUUUACAGCAUCCUAGCUAUACAGUUCAGGUCAACGCUGCUUGGUGCCUGCGAUCGUUUGUCACCACAGUUCCUUCUCAGCUUCUCCCAAUCAUUACAAUCUGCAUGAACAAUGUCAACAGAGAGCUCGGGCUACUGGCUUCGAAAAGAGCAACCGCAGAGUCUUUCAGAAAGAGCAUUAGUUUUGCAAAUGCCAUGGCGGCUAUCAUCAGCACUACUCCGCUACAACCGCUGUACGGCUCCAUUGAUGUUACCUCGAGAAUCUUGAAUCUGGCCACUUCUCUUCUGAAAAGCAGCGGGGACUCUGACCUCAGAACGUCGAGUACUCAAAUCCAAGUUGCGUGGAUUCUCAUCGGUGGACUCAUGUCUCUUGGACCGAAUUUCGUCAAGAUCCAUUUAUCGCAGCUACUUUUGUUAUGGAAAAACGCCCUGCCAAAACCUCUUGCUAAAGACUCGCUACACGAUAGAGGCCUCCUAGAGCUCAGUUUUUUGGCUCAUGUCAGAGAGUGUGCUCUAGGUUCAAUUCUCUGUUUCUUGCAAUUUAAUGCGAGGUUGGUCACAACAGAUGUUGGAAAACGAAUAGCUGCGAUGUUACAGAACUCGUCACACUUCCUAAAUACAUUACCAGAGAGGAAGCAGACGGACGAUAUUUCUCAAAAGCUUACACCUUCACUGAAUCUCCUCGACUUGGACCUUAUGGUCCGUCGGCGCAUAUUUCAAUGUUAUAUCCGACUCGUCAAAGUUGCACAGGGUGAAGCCCUCCAAGGCAAUCUUAUGACAGUGGUUGCUAGUUUUUUUGCAGACCCGGAUAGAUACACGCCGAGCAGCCUGAGUACUCAGAUUCAGAAUGCAAGUGGUGCAUUUGAUGGGCUGUGGGAUGUAUCUGAUGGCUAUGCAUUUGGCGUCUGUAGUCUGAUACAUGGUCUCGAUGUCGAUAGCUAUGCAUGGGAGAAACUGGGGAAGGAUUCCAGUGAGGUGUCUGGGUAUAAACAUUGGACAUCUCGGGGUUCAGUCUCAUCCCAGAUCGAUAGAAUGCUUAAUGAACCUGUUCCAGGAGGCCUGGAGCACGAUUCUGUCUGUUUAUACACAGUUCCUCUGGGCGAUUUGCCUAAUCCAGCUCCUCCAGCGACAGAAGUUGUCAAUACCGCAAUAGAUCUCUUUAUACUUUUGCUCCCAUUCCAGCCACCAAAGGUCCAGGAAAGUAUACUGGAGCAGACGACAAAUUUCCUUGCUUCUAGUAACCUAGCCCGCGAUCCUGGUCGCAAAGCUGCCAUCACAGUCAAUGUUGCAGUCGCGCUUCUUGGUGUACUGAAGCUUGUUCAAAUGGAGAAUCAGCAAGCACAGAUCAGUUUCCGCCAAUCUAAUGUUCUGAAAAUUAUCCAAGACCUGCUCAACGGAUUUUUGCUGGACUCGGACCCAUUUGUGCGAAAUAUUGCAGCGGAAGCAAUAGGUCGAUUGUGCAACAUCGGUGGAAAUGUCUUUACGGGUACUCAGAUAAAGCAUUUAAUUGAUACGGUGGUAUCAAAUCGAGACCCUAAUGCCCGUGCCGGGUGUGCCGUCGCUAUGGGCUGUGUUCAGACCCAUGUUGGGGGUAUGGCUGCAAAUCUUCAUCUGAAAACUAUCUUGGGCAUUUUAAUGUCACUUGCGAAUGACCCCCACCCCAUUGUCCAUUUCUGGUCCUUGGACGGCAUGGCGAGGACAAUAGAUGCGGGAGGUCUAACAUUUUCUGGAUAUGUGGGAAGCACGCUUGGGAUGAUUGCCCAGGUGUACGUCUCAGACACCCAUAAUGAAGAGGUCGGGGCGAUUGUUAAUGGUAACCUCGAGGACGAGCUGUAUACGACGGCAGUACUUGCGCGAUGCUGUGACUCGCUCGUGGGAGUACUUGGCCCGGAUCUUAUGGAACUCACCAAACCUCGAGAACUUAUGCUUACACUCUUGAGCCAGUUCUAUUCUGACACUAGUGUGACAGUAAAGAUCGGGGCGCUUAGAGCGUAUGAACAGUUCGCUAUAUACGCUACUUCUACGCUAGAUUUAAAAGAGUACACAACCCGAUUGCAGAGCCUUCUACAAAGCUUAGAUUUGGAGCUUCAAGAAGUUGCUAUUGACGGAUUGUAUCAGCUGAUGAAGUCUGAUGCUCAAAGGAUUGUAGAGAUUGCAGAUUCUGGGUUGACGGAAAGGCUAUGGGAGUUGAUUGAUGACCGCCCGCAUUAUGAACAGGUAAAGAACUUGUUCAAGAACUGGGUGGCUCAGUUGACUACCCUCACAGCCGGAGAUUGGGUCACCAGAUGUCAAAAUGUGAUGGUUACUAUGAGGAGUAGGGUAGCUGUUGACCCUGACGCACUGAAAUCGCAAGGUGGAGGUGGCAUCGAUUUGGGAGAUGAGGAAGUAGCAGGUUUUGCCGCAGCUGCACAAAAUGAAGACAAUUCAAACGGCGGUAAUGUCGCCGGGUCAGGUCAGGAGUUAUUGAGAUGGCAAGUCAGGACGUUUGCGAUAGAAUGCUUACUUGACAUACUUGACAUCCUCGGAAAGCAAGGCGAAGCUGGAACGGCGACUUUACUGAGGUAUAUUGCUGACAUUAUUAAAAUGGCGUUUACCGCUAGUACUGCCAAUGUCAUUGCACUUCGGAUUGAAGGGUUGAAAGUUAUCAAUCAAAUCCUCAAGGUAUUUGGGCGAACACCAGAUCCGGAUUUCCCAGAGGCUAUGCUACUUGAGCAAUACCAAGCACAGAUUGCAUCUGCUUUGACGCCGGCCUUUGCUGUUGAUUCUAGUCCGGAGUUGGCAUCGGAGGCGCUGAAUGUCUGUGCUGCAUUUAUCUCGACGGGUAUUGUACAGGACAUCGAUCGUAUGGGUCGUAUCCUGAAGCUUCUGACGACAGCAUUGGAAGCAUUCUCUAAUGAUACUGAAAAUGCAUCCAUUGGUGACCUACGAGGUCUCUCGUACAAUGCACAGGUCAUGGUGAAGAUGUCCCUACUUUCGGCAUGGGCGGAACUUCAGGUUGCCAGCUUACAACAGGACUACCUCGUUGAUGUUGUAAAACCACAUAUUGUAGUGUUGGCACCUUUGUGGCUUGCUUCGUUGAGAGAGUUCGCAAGACUCAGAUUCGAACCGGAUAUUUCUAUGAAUGCUGGUGGGUCUGGUAGUAUAACCGGAUCGUUGGAUGUGGUCUAUUCGUCGUUGAAUCGGGAUGUUUUGCUCAAGUUCUACCAAGAUUCAUGGCUUGACCUCGUAGAUGCCAUUGCAAGCCUUAUUGAACAAGACAGCGAAUUCGUCUUCGAUGCUUUAGAUGGAAAAUCUGCAUCGGCUCCGCAGGGCCAUAUCGACAAGCACGGAAUAAACUACAGAGACGAACCCGUUGCAUUCUUCUUUGUUCUUUUCGGCAUUGCUUUCGAAGCUCUCGUAGGACGUCCUGGCGGCUCGGAAAUCCUUGCCACGAAAGAACAAAUCCUAGAAGUUCUUCAAGCUCUGAAGAAAAUCCUCCACCCCGCUGUCUCUGGGCAUGCUAUCUACCAAGAAGCUAUAUUUACAGAAACGAUCGAUCUUCUAGAUAGGCUUGUCCUCACUGAGGGACUUGCGAUCCAGCUGGCAGUCGUGGAGAUCGCUAGGGGGCUUUGCAUUUCGCACCCCUCCGCUAGACACAAUAGUAAUGCGAAAGGAGAGAGUCUUUCUGAUGAUAUCAAUCAAAUGUUCGAGCUUACAAGGCUUGUUACUCUCGUUAUUGCUAAUCAGCUACCGAAUUUGAAUGAUCAUUCGAAGACAGUUCGAGGCCCGCUAUCGGAUGAAGCUGUUAAUGUCAUACGAGCUUCCCUAGACGCAUUGGUCGAUACAGCAGAAGUAUUCCCUGCAGUCAUAAGAAUGGACUUGUACGCUUGCAUACUCCAUAUCUUCUCAACCGUCUUCGCAACCGGCGCCUGCCAAAUCGCCGUGGUACCAAAGGCCCUCCCGAUCUUUAAACGCUUCAUCCAAUUAAUAACCCGCAAAUCCUCCGUCGCCAGCGCAACUACUCCAGAAGAACCAACUCUAGUAAUCCAACUCCGCGUCGCCCUCUCCCAACUAACUCAUGUCGCCGAAACCGCUAGCCGUAGAGAUACCGAAGCCACAAUGAUCUGUGUUCGGAACUGUCUCCUCGCCUUCGUAAUACUAAUCCACUCCGGAGUCAAUAUGAUCCCCGCCAGCGACGAAUUAUUAACUCGUGUCUGCGACGCCUUUAUAGACGGUCUUCGCGAUACUAUUACUGUCAAAACAGCGAUCUCGUGUUGUAGGAGUGUACUCAUGUAUCAACCUAAGAACGGGAGUGAUAUGGAACUUGUAAAGAUCUUAUUACCUCGGUUGUUGAGUUAUGUGGGGAGUGAUGCGAAGGAGGUCGAAGGGAGCAAGAAUGCGGUUAUGGUGGUUAUCAAUGGGUUUGUGAAUACUUUGGAUGAAGGGCAGAAACAAACCCUACUUCCAUUAUUAAUCCAAACCCUCCUUCGUCGUUUAGCACUAGGCUCCAAACGAGACCCAGACAACAUCGACGUAUUACAACGAGAUACAGCAGCUCGAUUGAUGGAGUUGAUCUCUAUGAAUCAAUUGCUGUUUAAGGAAAUACUGUUGAGAUUGAACCAAGAGCAGAAACAGUUACUCGAAGAUACUUUGAGAGCUGGGGUUAGAGUUGGUCAGGAGGGACAUAGGGAUACGGAAGCUCAUGCGGCACCGAAGAUUGCACUUAAGAUGAACUUUUGA